CGGCGAACCCUCUCUUUCUUUCUUUCUCUCUCUCUCUCUUUCUCUCUCUCCUCGCUCGCGCGGGGGAAAGCACAACGAGAGAGAUGGGAGGAGGAGGAAACACCCCUUCUACCUCUUCCUCUUCCUCUGCCUCUGCCUCUUCUCCCUCCGCUCCUCUCUCUCCUCCUCCUACUACCCUACGCCUUCUCCUCCUCCUCCUCCUCCCCCUCCUCUUCCUCUUCUUGUUCCCACUCUCCGCUCGCUCCUUCGCCUCCGCGAGCGAGGAAACGGCUCUCAGAGAUGUUAACUUGCAAAACCCUGUUAUACACUUUAGUCCUUCGAGCUUUUCUGGGCAUUCAUGUGAACGAGUUCAAAUCACUGGCAUAUCAAGGUUAAACCUUAGGAGCUAUGCCAGUUCUACACGGAUUGCAUUGAAGGUUCCAGAAGGCAUGCCUGAGAGACUUCAAGGGAAGGUAGAGGUUUGCUUUCAUCGGAAUAUGUCUGUGGGUUUUUGCCAAUGUGAGGUGGAUGAAUGGCAAACUCUUCAAAAGGGGCAAUGGAGUGCUAUAAUAUCACCUUUUGAGAAAAGAUAUCUCGAUAUUAGAUUGAAGGAUAAAACAUUAAUGUCCUUCACGCUUUCCAUCGAGGAAGAAUUUCAACUGUGGCGGUUUAUUUGCCUUGGUAUUGGUUUUCUGCUGCUGCUUCUCGCACCAAUCAUUAGUAACUGGGUUCCGUUCUAUUAUAGCAGCUCCAUGGCUCUGGGAGUUUUGCUUGUUGUUUUGUUAAUUCUCUACCAGGGGAUGAAGUUACUACCUAUGGGCAGAAAAAACAUCCUCUACCUAACGAUUUAUGGGUCUGUGCUAGGUGUUGGUUCGUAUAUCACCCACUACUUCUCCACACUAGUCAGUUCCAUUCUUGUGAACUUUGGGUUGAGUGAAGACAUGCAUAAUCCCGUUUCAGUUUUUCUGGUUGUGGGAAUUGUCUUAGCUGGAGCAGCUUUAGGCUACUGGAUUGUGGGGAAGUUUGUCCUUUCAGAAGAUGGUAGUGUCGAUGCUGGCAUAGCACAAUUUGUGAAGUGGGCAAUGCGUGUUAUUGCUCUUGUUUUUAUUAUGCAGAGUACUCUUGACAUUCUGCUAGCAAUGGCUUCUCUUGGGGCUUGUUGGAGUAUGUGCUCUGUAAUUUCAAAGAAGCUUUUAAGUCGAGCGAUAACAUUACAGCAAAGGCCAUUGAAUAAUGAACUUCUAUGGCAACAAAAUGCCAGGCAGGGACACACCAAUUAUAGGCAGGCUGAGUUCUUGAGUCGAUCGGCUAAGAAGGAUUUGGUAGGGCCGGUUUGGGGGAGCUCAGGUAGUCAAUAUGGUUGGUCCAACCCACCAAUGAGAGGAAGAUUCCUUUUAUCCCCCGGCAAGAAAACCUCAAGUGUGGAUAAAGAUUACUACUCGACUUACCAUAAAAUGCCAGCACGAAAAUAUUCUAAGAAAGAAUGGGAGGAUUUCACACGCAAAUCGACCAAUGAAGCCCUAACUCAGUGGGCAUCAACACCUGAAGUUGCGCAAUGGAUUGCCGAUAAUGCUAAGCGUUUAAAUAUAGACCGAGAGAAUAAUUCAGAUGAUAGCAUGUUGAGCUCCUCGGACUCUUCGGAGGAAACCGUAGUUGAGAAUGGCAAUGGGCUCAGCCUGUUCAAGUGGUACCGAUCAUAGAAUUGCUGGUUCUCUACUGGCCUAUUAUAAAUUUAGUCCCCGAAGUUUGAUCUCAUUUCCUAAUUGUGCCCUCGGAGUUUCAAUUCAACAAUCUAGUCCCUGAAGUUUGUUCCUCAUGACAAUUAAUUUGCUCUUUCUGUCAGUUUAGAAGAACGGCAUGUGCAUCAUUAUCAAAAUUAAAACCUUUGAAGGCUACCGUAUAUCAACAAACUCUAGAGAUUUUACGAAGUGCAUUUAAAAAGAAAAAAAAGAAGAGAAAAUGGAUUUAGUUGCUAUGGGGGACAAACUUUAGGAGCAAAAUUGUUAAAAUUGAGACACGAAGGACUUGAAUGGGAAUAGGUAUUAGCCAUCAAGGAUUAGAUUUGUUACCACCUUUUUCUAUUUCUAACUUAACAAACUAAUGCCCUCACUUUCUUUUCUGGGUUCUUAGAAGGUAAUUUAGGGUGGUCUACCUAUCAUGUUCUUGGCCUAUUUUUUUAUUGCCAAUUUUGUUUAAAAAGUUUCUACUAGUACGGUGGUGCAUUCAGAAAUGACUUUUUAACAAACUAGUUGGGAUAGUUUGGUUGUUGUAGUUCAAGGUUUGUGUGGAAAUAUGGAAUUGCUUGGAAAUAUGGAAUUGCUUUUUGUGGUGAAAUGCUGCUAAUGUAUUCAGGAAAGUUUUCUAAUGUACCAGUAGAUAUUAUUUGACUGCUUAAUCUUUUCGGUUAUUGUUUUUAUUCUAAUUAAUUGGUCAGCUACAUUUUAGUUUUUUAA